GCGCCCGCCCUGCGCCCCAGUGCGAGUCCCGCGGAGCGCCGCAGUGGGCGCUGGCUGUCCGCAGCCCCUGGCCGGGCCGGCCCGAGCACCAGCCGCCCUCCGCCCUCCGGCCGCCGCCCCACCCGCUCGGCAAGAUGUCCGUGAAGGAGGGUGCGCAGCGCAAGUGGGCGGCGCUGAAGGAGAAGCUGGGGCCGCAGGACUCGGACCCCACCGAGGCCAACCUGGAGAGCGCCGACCCCGAGCUGUGCAUCCGACUGCUGCAGAUGCCCUCCGUGGUCAACUACUCCGGCCUGCGCAAGCGGCUGGAGAGCAGCGACGGUGGCUGGAUGGUGCAGUUCCUGGAGCAGAGCGGCCUGGACCUGCUGCUGGAGGCGCUGGCGCGGCUGUCGGGCCGCGGGGUGGCGCGCAUCGCGGACGCCCUGCUGCAGCUCACCUGCAUAAGCUGCGUGCGCGCCGUCAUGAACUCACCGCGGGGCAUCGAGUACAUCCUCAGCAACCCGGCCUACGCGCGCCAGCUCUCUCUCGCCCUGGACACGUCCAACGUGAUGGUGAAGAAGCAGGUGUUCGAGCUGCUGGCCGCCCUGUGCAUCUACUCGCCCGAGGGCCACGCCCUCACCCUGGACGCCCUCGACCACUACAAGACCGUGUGCAGCCAGCAGUACCGCUUCAGUGUCAUCAUGGGCGAGCUCUCAGACAGCGACAACGUGCCCUACGUCGUCACCCUGCUCAGCGUGAUCAACGCCAUCAUCCUGGGCCCCGAGGACCUGCGCACGCGCACCCAGCUGCGGAGCGAGUUCGUUGGGCUGCAGCUGCUGGACAUCCUGACCCGGCUGCGGUGA